GUAUCCUUAGAAGCGCCUUUUUGCCUGUGGGCACCAUUUACUCACUAAAGGGAAGGGCUCAACAACCUGUGGUUAUUAGGUGGUAGCACAGAGGGCAGGAACUCCGCCAUGGGGUACGACAACAGCUGGAUGUUGAGGAAUGAAAGCGACCGUGCCCCGUACCAGGCUGUCACCAGAGCUCUGGAGAUGAAGAACGCCUCGGCCGGGCAGAUGGUGUGGCAGGGCGGGAACGUCAGCGAGGCCGGGGCCGUGGAGAGCGAGGAGCACGGCGAGGAGCGGGGCUACCGGCACUUCACCACCACCGUGCAGAUUGUCAUCUUCGUGGGCUCCUUGCUGGGUAACACCAUGGUGCUGUGGUCAACUUGCAGAACAUCGCUACUUAAAUCUGUAACGAGCCGAUUCAUUAAGAAUUUGGCCUGCUCGGGGAUCUGUGCCAGCCUAGUCUGUGUGCCUUUUGACAUUGCUCUUAGUGCCAGUCCACACUGCUGCUGGUGGAUCUAUACGAUGCUUUUCUGCAGAAUUGCCAAGUUUCUGCACAAAGUCUUCUGCUCAGUGACCAUCCUCAGUUUUCCAGCCAUUGCUCUUGACAGAUACUACUCUGUUUUAUACCCUCUGGAAAGAAAAAUAACUGAUGCAAAAUCCCGAGACCUGGUUAUCUAUAUCUGGGCCCAUGCAAUAGUGGCCAGCAUUCCAGUAUUUGUUGUGACCAAUGUGUUUGAUAUUUAUGCCAUGUCCACCUGUUCUGAAUCUUGGAGUUACUCCCUUGGCCACCUGAUAUAUGUCAUCAUCUAUAAUAUCACCACUGUGAUUGUACCAGUGGCUGUGGUAUUUCUCUUUAUGAUUCUUAUUCGCAGAGCACUGAGUGCCAGCCAGAAGAAAAAAGUCAUCAUAGCUGCAUUAAGGACUCCUCAGAAUACGGUUUCUAUCCCAUAUGCCUCCCAGCGAGAAGCUGAACUUCAUGUCAUGCUGCUUUCUAUGGUUAUGAUCUUUAUUUUCUGCAGCGUCCCGUAUGUGACUUUGGUGAUUUAUCGCACCAUACUCAAUAUUUCAGAUAUUUCAGUCUUCUUGCUCCUCACUGCCAUUUGGUUGCCCAAGGUCUCUUUGCUGGCCAACCCUUUGUUAUUUUUAACUGUUAACAAAUCAGUACGGAAGUGCUUAGUGGGGACAAUAGUACAGCUGCACCGAAGGUUUAGCAGGAGAAACAUUGUCAGCUCAGGUGGUGUUGUGGAUGAUAAUCUGGAGCCCAAUGUGCAUUCGGGAAGCCAGCUUCUGGAGAUGUUUCAUAUCGGGCAACAACAAAUCUUCAAGCCAAUGGAAGAUGAGGAGAAUGAGACCAAAUCCAUUGGCUCUGGUGACUUGCAGCAGAAAGAAAUUCCUACCACCAGUUUAGAGAUAGGACAGACUUUGGUUCACAGAUUUAUACCACAGACAGUUGCAGACUCUGCAGCUCAGGUGGCCCCAGCUGUGCCCACAGAAGCUGAUCCGAUAAAUGACAAGUAUUCCAUGCAGUUUGGUUUUGGACCCUUUGAGUUGCCUCCACAGUGGCUCUCAGAAAACCGAAACAGUAAGAAGCGACUCCUGCCUCCUCUGGGGAAUACCCCUGAAGAGCUAAUCCAGACAAAACAGCCCAAGUGUAAAGCAGAGAGAAAAGUGAGCAGAAACAAUAAAGUCAGUAUCUUUCCCAAGGUGGAUUCUUAGUAAGAGCAGGAGCUUGAAGUGACAGAGGAAGGUCACUUUCUAUUAUAUAUGUGAUCCCAUGGAUCUUUAUUAUGUUGAAAUUUGUUUCAGGCUGAUUUUUUUCUUGUGCCAAAUAUAAUUUAAAUGAACAAACAAAA